UCGGCAGCCACAAAUGUGCUGCUGGCCCUUUAAAUCCGCUCCGUUAUAAUUCCUGGAGCGAGCAGCUGGCUAUAAAAAAGAGAGAGAAAGAAAGAGAAAAGCGCACACCCUGCUCCAAAACAGACACACGGACACACACACAAACACACACACACACACACAUACGCACAUUCGGAUUCACAUGCACUCUUGCUGUUGACAACUACGGGGGAGACUGUUGUGGAUUUUACAGCCAGCAAGAGAGAGAGAGACAGAGAGGGAGGGGGGGGCCAGACAGAACUUUCCACAGAGGCGAGCUCCCUCGGAUCACUCAGCAACACCAUGCCUUGUUGCCUAGUUUUACCUGCUGCUUUGUGGAUUGGCUAAAACUCCUCUGAUCACCAAACGCAAACCACUCAACCAGGUCUAACGGACUGAGCAAGAGAAUGCUCUCCCAAGUCAUAAGGAUUCUACAUGUCUUGUCUUUCUGCUUUCUUCAAAUGGGGCUGAUCAGACCCAGCAGCUCCAAAGCCCAAAAGUCCGCGUCCCCAUCCGACUUCCUUGACAAACUCAUGGGCAGAACCUCUGGCUAUGACGCUCGCAUCAGACCAAACUUCAAAGGUCCUCCUGUUAAUGUCACCUGUAAUAUAUUUAUCAACAGUUUUGGGUCCAUUACAGAAACAACUAUGGACUACAGACUCAAUGUGUUUCUACGGCAACACUGGAAUGACCCCCGGUUGGCCUACAGUGAGUAUCCUGAUGCUUCCUUAGACCUGGACCCCUCCAUGUUGGACUCCAUCUGGAAGCCUGACCUGUUCUUCGCCAACGAGAAGGGGGCAAACUUCCACGAGGUCACAACGGACAACAAGCUGCUUCGCAUAUUUCAGAAUGGGAAUGUGCUCUACAGCAUCAGGCUCACACUCAUCUUGUCCUGCCCAAUGGACUUGAAGAAUUUCCCAAUGGACGUUCAAACCUGUACCAUGCAGCUUGAGAGCUUUGGUUAUACCAUGAAUGACCUGUUCUUUGAAUGGCUGAACGAGGGUCCAGUCCAAGUGGCGGAUGAGUUGAUGCUGCCCCAGUUUGUGCUGAAAGAUGAAAUGGACCUUGGCUACUGCACCAAACACUACAACACAGGUAAAUUUACUUGCAUCGAGGUGAAAUUUCACCUGGAGAGGCAAAUGGGCUACUACCUGAUCCAGAUGUACAUCCCCAGCCUGCUCAUCGUCAUCCUGUCCUGGGUGUCCUUCUGGAUCAACAUGGACGCCGCGCCAGCCAGGGUGGGCCUGGGCAUCACCACGGUGCUCACCAUGACAACGCAGAGCUCUGGUUCGCGAGCCUCUCUACCCAAGGUGUCCUACGUGAAGGCCAUUGACAUCUGGAUGGCCGUCUGUCUGCUGUUUGUGUUCGCCGCCUUGCUCGAGUACGCUGCGGUCAACUUUGUCUCCAGGCAACACAAGGAGUUAAUCAGACUGAGAAAGAGGCAGCGGAGGCAGAGAAUUACACAGUCAGUUUACACGCUAAGCUCCCCAGAUUCAGGACACUGCAUGGCGAUGAGCAACGAGGAGGAGGACCUGGUCCGGGACAGUCGAGGCUUCUAUUUCCGUGGUUACGGCCUGGGCCACGGCCUGGGCCAGUGCCUGCCGGCGAAGGAGGGGGCCACUGUGUUUGCGCCGCCGCCGCCCCCCGUGCCCGUAUUGUACGACAGCGACGCGGUGCGCAAGCGCUUCGUGGAUCGGGCCAAGCGCAUCGACACCAUCUCCAGAGCCUUCUUCCCGCUCAGCUUCCUCAUCUUCAACAUCUUCUACUGGAUCACCUACAAAGUGCUUCGACACGAGGACAUCCACGCAAAUUUGUAACGUGCCCUCUGCGCCCGGCCCUCUUUCAGAAUAUUUAUUGCUACUUUUUUUCUUUCUUUCUUUCUUUCUUUCGUUCUUUUCUUUUGAACCGAAACUGCCUGUCAGAAUCACAUUUAAAAGAGAAUGAAGCAUUUCGGUGGCAUAUACUUACUAUUUAAAAAAAAAAAAAAAAAAAAAAGUGCUGUCAUUGCUAAACCUAUGUGCUCAGGUGUGACUUCAGGAUAUCAACGAACACAUGAAAAAAACGAGAGAAAAACAAGAGAGAACAACAGAGAGAGUGUCCACUCCAGCAACAUGGAUUCCGAGUGGCAUUGAGCCGGUGUCUGUGGAAGGGUUUUACUUUUUUUUCCAUUUGGGUUCGAGAGGACUAGCAACACAGGUCUUAGUGCCUCAAGAACUCCAUUCAGGCCUAGGGGCAAAAAGGCGAGGUCUUCAGCGGACUGACUUUUUUUUUCCUUUCUUAAAUGGAUGGAACACACUGACUUGAAUUUCAUUCCACAGCGCAUCUUUGAAUGAAUGUUUUUAAAAAACAAUGUGUUUUUUACAACUUCCAAUUGCCAAACAACUAAGGGGGGAAUGGGAUCUUUAAUAUCAGUAACUAAUCAACAGUUGAUGGUAUGUUGUUUCAGUUAUAUAUGACGAGGCUAUACAGAUAUUAUAUAAUGUAAAAAAAAAAAACCUGUACAUAAACAGAGUUGCUCAAUGAUUGCAGACAGCACAAAUGUGUAUCUCUUUUUGUCUAAAUUUGAAUAAAAUGGAUAUUCUGCCAGGAAA